CCCCGCUGUAUAUUUUAACGGGUCAUACACGGUCCCACUAGGUUGUCGUCUUUUGGAAAAUAUCAUAACAAUCUAUUUACCCGACAAUAUGUGGUUCGAAAUCUUACCUGGUGCCGUGAUCAUCACCACGCUCCUGUCGGUGCCCAUAUACGCCAUGUACGGCCUGGACAAGCUGACCAUCGGCAAUGCUUUCCGGCGCAACAUGGACGAGCGUUUCAGCCGAGUGAUGUACCAGCGCGACUUCCGACUAACCGACAAUCCCUACAAAAUGAACGGACUUGAACAAAUUCCCGAUGAAGAGGAGAAGAAGGAUCAGAAGGACCCCAAUGAGGAUUACGAUGUGGGCGAUGAUCCCGCGCUGUUGAAGAAGAGGCAAAAAGAGCGCAAGUUGAAGGAAAAACAGCUGAAGGAGGAGGAAAAACAGAGGGAGAAACAGCUGAAGGAAGAGGAAAAGCAGAAGAAGAACUAGCAGGAAUAAAAACAAACAUUUCGGCUGUGUAGCCCCCAAUCCGAAUAAAGGACUCUCGGCCUUUGCCGCCAUUUAACAACCCUGUUCUCGUGACAGGAAACCACCCCUAUGGGAGAAGUACGGGUGGCGAAACAUCCCGUCGUUAACUUUGUGGUAUUCGGUGAAAAGGCGUCGUCGAGCUGUGAGCGCGCAAAUAAACAAAUAUUCUACCGACUAA